GUUGACAGAGGCCCUAUUUUUAUUAUUGGUUAAAUAAAGGAAAGAGGGUUCAGUACGGCGGUGGUUGACAGAGGCCCUAUUAUUAUUAUUGGUUAAAUAAAGGUAAGAGGGUUCAGUACGGCGGUGGUUGACAGAGGCCCUAUUAUUAUUAUUGGUUAAAUAAAGGUAAGAGGGUUCAGUACGGCGGUGGUUGACAGAGGCCCUAUAUACCAACAACAACAACAAUAACAAGGAGAGGUGGGUCUUGUUACUGCAGGCAGAGUUCUUGAUCCAAGGAGCUUGAGCUGCCCACUCACCCAUACCCACUUCGUUAGAUCAAGCCUAAUAAACCUGCUGCUUCCCUACCAAGUGUUAUGAACGAUGACAAUAACAGUGAGAGCAGAACACGUAUACCACGAGCCAGUGGAGUUGGUGGCUGCUACACAUCUCACCAAAUUUCCAAAUGAGUACGACAGUAAUAUUAUUUCUUGUUGUGUCAUAGAGAGGAAAAGAGAGAGUGAUGGAUGCACGUACACGAAGAGAGUGGCUGCUGUUCGUAAUGUUUUGCCAUCGCUGUUAAGGAAGGUUGAAACAUUGCAAGUGGAACAUUUUGAGCUGGAGGAAGAGUGUUGGUGGAACACAAAGUUGAGGAAAUUGAUGGUUAAGUCUCACAAUCUUUCUGUCUCCAACUGGAUCACCAUGAGAGAAGCUUCUGUCUUCACACCACAUCAACACAACCCCAACUGGACACAUUUCGAGCAAGAAGGCACCGUCACCGUCCAUGGUCUUGGUAAACUGGGCUACCUUAUUGAAGUCUUCAGCAAGAGGUUCCUGAGUGCUGGUGCUCAACAUGCCAUCACCAUCACUGAGAAACUCAUGGCUGAGAGACAAACAAGAAUUACAUCAGUGUGGUAUUCAGAGUUCUUGUUUGCUUAACACCCAGAGACGAGUCUUCAGUGUUGUGUGAAGCUUUGAGGCUUCACUGUUUCCCACCUUCAGUGCCUUAUUCAGCGUCGUACCAGCAGAACCGAUGCACGUGUUUAUCUCUCGAGAACGCUGCUUCCCUAUCGGCAUAUUUGGGCUUCCAACGAUCUUUGCAACAUUAAUGUUCAUAAUGUAGUCUUCGGUGAGCACAUUCCAUCCAGUUUGGAAUGCAUCCACAAGAUUUCCAAUUAGAUUAUGUUAAUCCUUCCGCUGUCCAUCAUAUAGAUUUACAUCGGUGAGGCCAGGGUCCAUCACGUGGUUUGGAAUGCAUCCACAAGAUUUCCAGUUAUGUUAAUCCUUUCACUGUCCAUCAUAUAGAUUUACAUCAGUGAGGCCAGGGUCCCUCACAUAGUUAUACAUCAUGAGCUCAACUCACUCAGAUAAGCUGUGAGUGAUAAAUUUUGUCCUAAAUAUGAGAGAAUGGGUCUGUGCAGUUAGUAUGUACUGUAUAAAAAAAUCCUACCCAUGCAGUGCAUGAUGGGGAAAAAAAACUGACAAUGUGUAUGGUUUAACCCGUAAACGGUCCAAGCAGAUCUACGUUCACAUGUGUAGUGCUACAAAAGUAGAUCUACGUUUUUUUUACACAUUUUCAAAUGUAAAAAAAACAAAAAGAAGAUCUACUUUUUUUACAUACUUUCAAAUGUUGAAAAAACGUAUAUAUACGUUUGGACCGUUUACGGGUUAAAAUAGCAACUUUGAGGUAUUUUCUUGGAUGGUUUUAUUGACUGUUUCUUGGUCUCAUUUGAUAUAAUAUAAGAUACAUUACUGAAAUAGAGAUAAUUUUGAUUGGUUUCAAGACAGGAAGCAACUUGAAAUUGAGCUCAAAUUAGCAGAAUACAGUGGACCCCCGCAUAACGAUCACCUCCGAAUGCGACCAAUUAUGUAAGUGUAUUUAUGUAAGUGCGUUUGUACGUGUAUGUUUGGGGGUCUGAAAUGGACUAAUCUACUUCACAAUAUUCCUUAUGGGAACAAAUUCGGUCAGUACUGGCACCUGAACAUACUUCUGGAGUGAAAAAAUAUCGUUAACCGGGGGUCCACUGUAUUAAAUUUUUGCCAAUAUUAAAGAGGAUGGUAAGGUCACCCUACAACCCCUAGUCUAUUCUAUGGGUUAAUAAUAGGUCUGAUUCAAUUAUUGGAAUGGUGUAACCCAUGACCAGUUUCCUGGUUAUAUUAAACCAUGACCAGUUUCCUGGUUAUAUUUUAUUAUUUUGUGUGGAUAAGAAUGCAAAAUAGAAAGUGUAGUACAUAUAGGGUAGGCCUGGGGAUGUAGAGAGAGGAAAUGUUGAUUUAGUGCCAGGAAUGACUACAGUCUUUAUUAUACACUCUAUUUUUAAAUUGAUAUUUUGUGUAAAAUUGGCCAAAUUACUGAAUUCUGAUCAAUUUAUAGGGUAGUUGAAAUAGUUGAAUGGGCAGUUUCUUGUGUUCACUUCAUAGAAUGGAGCCAUACUAGUGAAAUGGCUAAGAAUUUGGUCAACUGGAACAAUAGAAUUGACUUGUAAUAGGUCUCAGAGGGGGCGAAAUCAUUGGUGCAUAAAUUGCACCGAGACUGCUAACUUUGCACCUGUGUAAUUUCAUAAGUUUCUAUCAAAUUUUGUACUUUUGGUGUCAUUUCCUUUGGAAAAAGAUUCUCUAUCAUUUCAGAGGACAGAUAUAAUUUGUUAAGUUUUUGGACACUGAGAGCAAGUUUCACUUCAGAGGUGAGGACAGUGAGAGGAUUAAUAUUGUACAGUACUAAAAAGUGCCUUCACUUCUAGUGCCUUGUACUCUGUCUUAUAUGUACAACUACAGUCUUCCACUUGUCUGUUUCAUGCAGUUGCGUUUAAUUUAUCCGCUUGUGUAAUCCAUCAGUCCCACGUGUGUUAUGUUUUUCAUAGAGGUGUUGGAUUAAUAUCUUAUUUCUAGGAGUAAUGUUUAUGCUAUUUUCUGUGCAGAAUAUUUUCUCAUAACCUGAUACAGGUGGUCCUUGAGUUACGAUGGAGUUACAUCCUGACGAACCCAUCAUAAGUCAAAAAUAUCACGAGUUGAAUAUGAAUACAAGUGAUCCUCGAUAUACGGUGGUUUGACUCACAAUAUUUUGACCUUAAGAUGGCUUGGCAGCAAUUAUUUGGAGAUGAAACUUAAGAUAAUUAUCCAGCAUGAAGGUGGCAAAUCUAUAAUAUGUAUUAAUUUAUUUAUUUUUCAGUGCUGCUAUUUACAGUAAUUAUUUAUUUACUUAUUCAGUUACGGUAGUUAUUCGUUGACAGUGGUACCCCGAGUUUCGUCCAGCUCCCAACUCAAACAGUUAUGUAAGUACAGUGGACCCCCGCUUAACGAUCACCUCCAAAUGCGACCAAUUAUGUAAGUGUAUUUAUGUAAGUGCGUUUGUACGUGUAUGUUUGGGGGUCUGAAAUGGACUAAUCUACUUCACAAUAUUCCUUAUGGGAAAAAAUUCGGUCACUACUGGCACCUGAACAUACUACUGGAAUGAAAAAAGUUCGUUAACCGGGGGUCCACUGUAUAUUAUUGUAAGUGAUUUUGUAAGUGUGUUUUUGGGGGUCUGAAAUGGACUAAUCUAAUUUACAUUAUUACUUAUUGGAACAAAUUCAUUCAGUAAUGGCAUUCGAACAGCCUUCUGGAAUGAAUUAUGGCCAAAACUUGGGGUACCACUGUACUUAUUUAGAAUAUCAUUCAUAUUAGACUUACAAUAUUUUUGACUGAGGAAAGGUUUGUUAGAAUGUAAUCUCAUCAUGAGUCAAAGACCGCCUGUAGUAGAUCAAGUUGGACUGAAACAUCAACAUAAGUUUCAUUCUCUUAUGUGCGGGUUAUUUGUGUAUUGUUAACUAUAAUUGUUAAUGUAUCUUGCAGCAGUCUUGCAAUUGCAUCACUCAGCAGAUAUAUUAGUCACAAUGCUAAAUAUAUUAUGCAUGUAUAUAUAUAUAUUCUCCAUGGGGAAGUGGAACAGAAUUCUUCCUCCGUAAGCCAUGCGUGUUGUAAGAGGCAACUAAAAUGCCGGGAGCAAGGGGCUAGUAACCUCUUCUCCUGUAUAUAUUACUAAAUGUAAAAGGAGAAACUUUCGUUUUUCCUUUUGGGCCACCCCGCCUCGGUGGGAUACGGCCGGUGUGUUGAAAGAAAGAAGAAAGAAGAUAUAUAUAUAUAAGGUCGAAGGACACAUUGCACCAUUUGAUUGUUGCAGCGUUUCACUCUCCAGGAGAUUUGUCCAGUCGUACUGAUUGGACAAAUCUACUGGACUUGUGGAAUCGCAACGACACGAUUGUGACGCACGGCUUCAAACACCAGUUGUUCCUCGAGUUUUUUAUAGCUUUUUAAGAGUGAAACAGUGCAACAAUAUCACAUUAGCGUAACUGAUUUAUCUAAGAUGAAUCAGUUAUGCACGUUCUGAUAUUACAUUAGUUACACGUGUUCUGUUAUCUAAGAUAUUACAUUAGUUAUACACGUGUCCUGUUAUCUAAGAUAUUACAUUAGUUACACACGUCCUGUUAUCUAAGAUAUUACAUUGGUUACACAUAUGUCUUGUUAUCUAAGAUAUUACACUACCUACACACAUGACUUCUUGUGUAAGAUAUUACAUUAGUUACACACAUGUCCUAUUAUGUAAAAUAUUACAUUAGUUACACACGUGUCCUGCAAUCUAAGAUCUUCUUUCAACAAACUGACCAUAUCCCACCGAGGCAGGAUGGUCCAAAAGGAAAAACGAAAGUUUCUUUUAAAUUUAGUAAUGUAUACAGGAGAAGGGGUUACUAUCCCCUUGCUCCCGGCAUUUUAGUUUCCUCUUACAACAUGCAUGGCUCACAGAGGAAGAAUUCUGUUCCACUUCCCCAUGGAGGAAAUACACAAGAAGAAGAACUAGUAAGGAAAUAGAAGAAAACUCAGAGGGGUGUGUGUAUAUAUAUGCUUGUCUAUGCAUGUGCAGUGUGACCUAAGUGUAAGUAGAAGUAGCAAGAUGUACCUGAAAUCUUGCAUGUUUAUGAGACAGAAAAAGGACACCAGCAAUCUUACCAUCGUGUAAAACAAUUACAGGUUUCUGUUAUACACUCACUUGGUAGGACGGUAGUACUUCCCUGGGUGACUGCUGUCUACCAACCUACUACCUAGAGCUACCUAAGAUAUCAUUGAUAAUUCUAACAACAGUAUUAUGCCUGUAUGUAACUUAGUAAGCUCACUCUGACUUCAUGUAUAUGUUAAUUCAGUGUUAAGUAUGAGUAUUGUUUGUGUAUUGUGUAUACCCCACUAUGUAUACUGGACAGUAUAAACAAUAUUUGAUUCCUACAUAAAUACUUUAAUUUAUAGAUUAUGAAAAAUAUUAUAUCUGAAUAUUCUUUACAUGUGCCUUGUAAUGGUCAUAAAAA